AACCAAACCAAACCACACCUUUUUCUUUUUAUAAUCUGUUUGGCUGUCUUCAUCCCCCCACUCAUAGGUCAUUAACUCGUCUGUCUCUGAACCAGAGCUGUGACUUGUGAGGUUGGGUAGAAUUAGACCGUUUCUUCCUUCUUUCCUUCGGCUACGGCGCCUUCCGCUUUCGUUUUCCUAUUGGGUUUUUUUGGUUUGCAGUUUAACGUUGUGACCUCUCCCUCGUAGAGUCGCAGUCGUUGGCAGCCCGUCAUGGAAGGGCAUAUCUCCCAACCCCACGAAUCCUUCAGGCCCACCAUACCACCACCGCCAAACAUCAUGCCUUCCAAUUCGACACCUCCCUUUUUCCUAUUCAUUCCCACAUCAAUAAUACACAAUAAUACUUCUAACAAUUCCCUUUUCCUUCCCUUCUUUCCCCUUCCUUUCUUCCCCACUUUCCCCCCGAUUCGUGGCCAUGAAGCAACAACGCCAUCGAGAUUCUCCUCUCAGCUGCUGAAACCCGGAACCCAGAAGGAGGAAAACCAACCAGAAGAGAAGAGAAGCUCAAAUCGAAUCAGAACUCAACAGGGCAUAGGCUGCUAAUAUAUUUCUGGGUAAUCAGAUUCACUGUAACUGAAAACAGAGCAAGAAAACAGGGGAAAACAGAGUAUUCAAGGAACUCUAUUAAAGCUGGGGAGCGAUGGAGAGAUAUGAGGAAGUGAAAGAUAUUGGGUCCGGGAAUUUCGGAUUUGCGAAGCUGGUGAGAGAUAAAUGGAGUGGGGAGCUUUUUGCUGUCAAGUAUAUCGAGAGAGGGAGCAAGAUUGAUGAGCAUGUGCAGAGGGAGAUCAUGAACCACCGAUCUUUGAAGCAUCCCAACAUCAUCCGAUUCAAAGAGGUCUUGCUGACACCGACCCAUUUGGCGAUAGUAAUGGAGUAUGCUGCCGGCGGGGAGCUGUUCGAGAAAAUAUGCAAUGCCGGAAGAUUCAGUGAAGACGAGGCAAGGUUUUUCUUCCAACAACUGAUAUCAGGAGUCAGUUACUGCCAUUCAAUGCAAAUUUGCCAUAGGGAUUUGAAGUUAGAAAACACGCUGUUGGAUGGAAGCCCGGCACCCCGUCUCAAGAUUUGCGAUUUCGGAUAUUCCAAGUCAGCUGUGCUCCAUUCACAGCCCAAAUCGACGGUGGGAACGCCGGCCUACAUUGCACCAGAAGUCUUGUCAAGAAAAGAAUACGACGGCAAGAUAGCGGAUGUUUGGUCAUGUGGGGUUACGCUGUAUGUCAUGUUGGUGGGUGGUUAUCCUUUCGAAGAUCCUGACGAUCCAAGAAACUUCAAGAAAACCAUUCAGGACGGCAGCGGAUCCUAAGCGUGCACUACUCAAUCCCAGAUUAUGUUCGAGUCUCCAAGGAGUGCAAACAUCUCCUCUCCACCAUUUUUGUGGCCGACCCUGAAAAGAGGAUAACAAUCCCAGAGAUAAAGAAGCAUCUCUGGUUCCAGAAGAACUUGACAGCGGAAUUCAACCUGGGAUCAGAAGCUGAAGGGAAGGUCGGAGCAAAUGGCGGGGAAUUAGGAGGCGACGGCGGCGGCCGGGGGUGGCAGCAGACGAUGGAAGAAGUGGCGGCUAUAAUCCAGGAGGCCAGGAAAGGAGGAGAUGGCCUGAAAUUGGGCGGCAAUUUGAUUGGCUGUGGAGGUAGCAUGGAGCUUGAUGAUCUGGAUGCUGACAUGGACGACAUUGAUGAUGUGGAGACCAGUGGAGACUUCGUUUGUGCUUUGUGAUGUACAUUCAUGAUUCAUAUAUAUAUAUAUAUAUAUAUAUUUCUGUCUCAUAGUGAUUAUGUUGUGAUAUCUAGGGAGAAUCGGAAAACUGGCAAGAUAAGAAGAUUGCUAUCAGUGGAAAGUGUGGGCUUUAGUUGGUUUGAUUUUUUUUUUUUUUCCUUACAUAGUGAUGAAAAGAUUGAUAUUAUAAGAAUGUAAUAUAAAAGAGUAUUAUGUAAAAUACCAACAACAUAUCUGCGAAAUGUGGCAUAUUUUUCAUUUAAUGACUAGACGUGACACUUCCCAUCAUUGGAUAAA